AUACAAACAAAAGAAUUAUCCGAGGCUAUCUUCAAUCCGUUGACAAGGAUAGGUAAACGGAAAGCAGACAAAUUUGAGAAUGGACGAUUUUAAGUUUAACGCCCAAAAGAUGCUUGCAGCACAGAGGGCGAAGGAUAGAAGGGCACAGUCUCCGGAGACUGAAUCAAACUGGGACAGCUCGGAACCAGAGGAAAACACGGUGACACAGAUCAGUUCCGAUGAAGAGUUCAGUGUCAAAUCCACCAGGUCUCAUAAAUCAACAAAGUCCUCACGAGGAACAUCAAAGGCUGAUUCUUCUAAAACAAGAACUUCUUCAAAGCCAGACCCAUUGGUGUCUCAUAAAAGAGAUUCAAAACCUACAACAGAUGGUCUGUCUUCAAGCAAAGGAUCUGAACGACCAGCUGUGAAUGUAUUCAUUGAUCGGGGAGGAAUUGAUUCUGAUGACCAAUCUCAGAAGUCAAGCACCAAAAAGACAAAGAAGAAAAAAGAGAAAAAUGAAAAAAAUCCUCCUUAUGACUUCAGAGAGGCCCUGAAAGAUGAUGAUGGUGGCCCUCCUAGUCAGAAAACUGCCCAGAGACCAGGGCGGACUAGGAAGGGGGAGUCGUAUGACCCUGCCCCGCCCAAGACCAAGGCCAAAUCAAGAAAAGAACAAGUCUUAGAUUCAGCCUCAUGGGACGAAUCUGCUGACGAGAACCAGAAAGCACUGACCAGGAUUCUGAGGGAGAGGGAUGGACUUGAAGCAAACAAUAACACCAAUAACUCAGAACCAAUUACAGAUCCUAAAGCUGAUCUUCAACCAGAAGAUAACAGUCCAAAGAAGAAGAAAGGGUGGUCAAUCAGUCUGAAGAGCAAAUCAAAAGAGAAGAAAACAAAGAAGACAGAGGAGCCUCCACGGGAGAUGCAGGUUGCUAUGACGACCCCUCCGGUCCCAAGCCUCAAACACUCAGAGGUCGAUGUUGUGUAUAAGAAGGAGGAGGAAGAUGUAGAGACAAUUAUUUCCUUGGAUGAGGAUGAUAGAGAAACAAGAUUUGUGUAUAUCUAUCACCAUGGCAACACGUCAUACGCGGACACCAGACCUUCUCAGGAACCUGUUUACAUGACGACCAUCGCAGAUAAAUCAGAACUCAUCUUUCGCCGGUGUGCCCGCGAGAUCUUUGCAACACUACGCAUCCUCGUCGACUUUGUCCUCAUAUUUCUUCUGGAAGGAUUACGUUUCCUUGCAUACAAUAUUAUCAGUGCGCUAUUAGUUGGUGUAACAACUGGAUUCGGGGAUUAUUUCUUGAGGCCAGUGGCCACAGCUAUCUUUAACGGACUCUGCCAGCCUUGCGCCAUGUUUUGCUUUAACGUGGGCGUGGCCACAAGAACUUCAACUCGACCAUUCGUGGAUGUACUUCAUAAUUUUUUGUCUGUUAUCGCCAUGGUGAUACGCGCUUUCCGGCUGGUAGAGGUCAAUCAGAACAGACCUCAACAGACCGCUGCAGAAGAUGUGUAGAUGAACAGUAUUCUAACAUCACAUCAAACACCAAUCAGGGAAAUUUCUACAACUUUUUUUUGCAAUUCAGAUGACUUCGUGUUAGGAAAUUGCCACGUGGUCUUUGCCCUCUGUGUCUAGUUUCCAUUUGGUCUCAUCUCACACGACCAAAUCCAUAGAGUUCAUCUUUACCAGUUUCAUCUACAUGUACGAUCCACUAGGUCUAAAGGCUACCGCACACCUUACGAUUUGUCUGCGACCCGAUUACAGAAUAAAUGUAGUAGAAUUUGAUGCUAACAUUGAGACC